GUCCUCCCUCCCAUGAUGACAUGGUUGAUAUUGAUCUCUUUCUAUUAAAGUGGAAGAGCUAUCUGAGUGUGUUUGCUCAUCACACUCAUUUGCUUACAAGAAGAAAACCCUUCAAUUCCCCUCAAAGUUUGGUUUUUCUGUGCAUUUUAGUCAUCAAUGGCUGCGGCUUCAACUGAUUCCAUACCAUCUGUAGACAAGGCUUGGGUGUACUCAGAAUAUGGAAAGUCUGCAGAUGUUUUGAAACUUGAUCCCAAUGUUCCUGUGCCUGAAAUAAAGGAAGACCAGGUGCUCAUCAAGGUGGUUGCUGCAGCUCUUAACCCAGUUGAUUACAAGAGGAUGUUUGGGUAUUUUAAGGCCACUGACUCUCCUCUACCUACUGUUCCAGGGUAUGAUGUUGCUGGUGUGGUGGUGAAAGUGGGAAGCCAAGUAACAAAGUUUAAGGUGGGGGAUGACGUAUAUGGGGAUCUGAAUGAGAAAGCUGUGCAGAACCCAAAAAAGGAGAAGUUUGAAGAAUUGCCUGAGAAAUUUGAUGUGGUAUAUGAUACAGUUGGGGAGUCUGAUAGGGCAGUGAAGGCAGUGAAAGAAGGUGGGAAGGUAGUGACAAUAGUAUCAGGUGCAGUAACACCACCGGCCUUCUCUUUUGGGCUGACUUCAACUGGGACUGUAUUGGAGAAGCUGAAGCCAUACUUGGAGAGUGGGAAGGUGAAGCCGGUGCUUGAUCCCACAAGCCCAUAUCCCUUUUCCAAGACUGUUGAAGCAUUUGCCUACCUUGAAACUUCCAGGGCUACAGGGAAGGUGGUUGUGCAUCCCAUCCCAUAAGAAAGAUGAUAGAGAUUGUGCAGGCAGGCAGGCAGGCAAUCAAUCAGUUUGUAAGUUAUGUAUUUGUAAUCUGCUGGUUGUGUAAACUUAAAUUGUUGUAACAUGUAAUAAUGGGCAUGUGAGAUGCUUAUAUGUAUUAUAUACGAAGUCGGGAGUUUUGCAUAU